AUCGGUCUAUCAAAAAGCUGGUCUACAUAAACCAGACGACGUCGUCAAUAUCAACAUACGGAUCUAACGGCUGCUUGUCUAUCUAUCUACACCCCCUUUCAAGAAGUAUCUUGAUGUGGCCAGCUUGAGUUAUCUCGAUAUACAUCCAUAUUUUCUAUGGGUAUUCCGAUGGGCCUUUAUAUGGGUACAUGUACAUUCUAGAAUUCUUUAAGAACCGUCCCAACUUCGUUCCUGUUAUUUCCCUUUUUUUCUCAUACAUGUAUACCGGGCUCUUGUCCUUGGCAAUGGGAACUUCUAUGUCCGUGUAUCUAGGUACCUUAGCUGACCUAGUACUGAGAGAGAUUUAUGUAGCGAGGUGUUUUCGUUGGAGCUUGUCAUCAUCAUCAUCAUCACUAUCAAGUCUUCUACGGUUCAUCUUCGUCUUCGUCCUCGUUUCACUCACAAGUCAUCAAGCUUUGCACUUGUUUCUCAUGUCAGCCGUAAUACCCCUAUUCAUCCUUCAUCCCCUAUACAUAAUCUGCAUCAUACCACAAGAAGCCUUCUGGUACAAUUCUAUUGUUUGGUUUUCUUUUUUCUCUUCUGCGAACGUAUGCUCCCGGGAUGGUCCCAUACCACCCUCCGUCUUACGUCUUCAUAGCCUGCAUGGCUCACUCACACAUAAAACAAGCACUUCUAUUCUGCACCAGACGCAACCAUUCUAUGUUUGUACUUCCCAAUUUGCCAAUUUGCCCCUUCCUUUUCAUGUACCCCGGUCUACAUGUAUAGACAAGCAGCAGUGGCGUGUCUGUCUGCAUCUGAUAGCCUUACUCCCCUCCAUUGAAACCCAUCAAGGCUUCCAUUAUACGCGCCCCGGAGGGUAGCCUAUCCUUUACAUACAUACAUACAUACAUACAUACUACCCCCACUGCGUAUCGUUCACGAGAGGAAGUGAUAGUCUCCUUUUUCGCCUCUCCUCGGCAUAUGGCUCGAGUAUAAAAGGAGCGUACUAGAAAAAGCUACCGAAUCGACGAUGGUGCUAAUAACACCCGGGUAUCAACAUCCCUAUU